AUGUCGUGGGCGGGGUUCAAGAAGAAUGUGAAUCGCGCGACGACGCAGGUGAUGAUGAAGACGGGUCAUGUGGAGAAGACCAACGAUCGCGAUUAUGAGGUUGAAGAGAGACGAUUCAAGACCAUGGAGGCGGCUGCGCUGCGGCUCCAGAAGGAAUCAAAGGGGUACCUUGACUCGCUAAGAGCCAUGACUGCCUCACAAAUGCGAAUCGCCGAAACGAUAGAUGCGUUCUACGGCGACUCGGGCGCAAAGGACGGCGUGAGCAGGAGUUACAAGCAGGCAGUCGAAGAUCUGGACGCCGAGACCAUCAAAGCCCUCGACGGACCCUACCGGACAACCGUCCUCGACCCCAUCUCCCGGUUCUGCGCCUACUUCCCCGACGUCAACGAGGCGAUUAAGAAGCGCUCCCACAAGCUCCUGGACUACGACGCUCUCCGCGCAAAGGUCAAGAGGCUUGCCGAGAAGCCCGACAAGGACGCCACCAAGCUGCCCCGGACCGAGAAGGAGAUGGAGAUGGCCAAGGCUGCUUACGAGCAACUGAACGAGCAGCUCAGCUCGGAGCUGCCGCAGCUGAUUGACCUCCGAGUGCCGUACCUCGACCCCAGCUUCGAGGCGCUCGUCAAGAUUCAGCUGCGCUUCUGCGCCGAGGCAUAUUCCCGCAUGGCGCAGGUACAGCAAUACCUGGAUGCCGACACAAGAGACCAGUACGCCGAGGGCCAGCUGGAUGCCAGGGUAGAGCAGGUGUUGCAGGAGAUUCGGGAGCUUAGCAUCAGCGGCACGGUCUAG